AUGUUCCCAAAGUCCAUUCCCUUACGAACAUGCUAUGCCCAACGUAGGGUUAUUCACAAGAAAUACUAUGGUCCUUCAGAGUCCGAGUCGAGCCACGCCUACAGUCGGCAUGGGUCUUCGGAUGCGCGUCAAGAGAUAACUGUCUUCAACCCCGCGACGAGUGAACCGAUAUGCACGGUCGCGUGUGCGUCUCAAGGGGAUGUCCGAUAUUCCAUCCAGAAGGCUCAAGAAGCAUUUGAAUCGGGUGUCUGGUCGAAUGCUCCAGCCUUGACGCGUUCCGAAGUGCUUUCCAACCUGGCGCGUAUCCUCGAGGCCAACAUCCCAGCCCUAGCAAAGGUGGAGACGUUACAAACGGGAAGGACGAUAAGGGAGAUGAACGCCCAGCUGGGAAGGCUUCCAGAAUGGCUCGACUAUUUCGCAGCUCUGUUGCGAACAAACCAUUCUUUUGUCGCGCAUACCCAAGGAAAGCUUCUCAAUUAUGUCCACCGGGUACCCCUUGGAGUGGUCGCUCAAAUCACCCCCUUCAACCACCCUCUGUUAAUCGCAAUCAAGAAAAUUGCUCCGGCUCUGGCAGCGGGGAAUAGCGUUAUCGUCAAACCCUCUGAGCUGGCGCCCAUAACGGUCCUUGAAUUCGCGGAAUGGGCUACACAGGCAGGAGUGCCACCUGGAGUACUAUCUGUUCUGCCAGGUUUUGGAAAGACGACCGGAAGGUGGAUCGUAGAGGAUCGGCUGGUGCGAAAGGUGGACAUAACGGCUGGAACCCAAACAGGCCGAGCACUUGGCAGCAUAGUUGGAGCUAAUUUGGCUUCAUACACCGCAGAACUAGGAGGCAAGGCACCUAUCAUUGUCUUUGAUGAUGCAGACUUGAUCAGUGCCGUCAAUGGAGCCGCCUUCGCCUCCUUCGUUGCAUCUGGACAAACCUGCGUGUCUGGAGCACGCCUUCUGGUCCACGAUAAUAUCUAUGAUGAAUUCAUGGAAAUGUUCCUUGAGAAGGUGGAGAGCUUAACACGCAGGAUGGGCAAUCCUUUCAACCCUCAGUCAACAAUGGGGACAGUCAUCUCGCCUGAACAUCUUACUCGGAUAGACGAAAUGGUCAAACGCGCUUCCAAGACUGCUACUAUCCUCACAGGAGGCGAACGGAUGACCGGCGAGUCUGCUCUGGACGGCUUCGACUUCUCAAGAGGCUCGUUCUAUCCACCGACUGUCAUCGUCGACGUUGGGAUCGAGGAUGAAAUCUGGCGAGAAGAGGUCUUUGGUCCCGUUGUUGUCGUCAAACGGUUCAUGAAUGAAUCUGAGGGAGUCGCACUGGCUAAUUCUAGUAAAUAUGGCCUUGGAGCAGGGAUUUGGACUAGGGAUUUGUCACGAGCACAUCGUGUAGCUGCUAAUAUCCAAUCGGGUCUCUGUUGGGUCAACACUCACCACCGGAACGACCCCAGCUCUCCAUGGGGAGGAAUGAAGGAGAGUGGGAUCGGACGAGAGAACGGACUGGAGGCGUAUGCAGCUUAUACCCAAAGCAAGUCUACCAUCGUCAACAUCGCCAGCGUGGAGGAGACCAGGCAGAAUGACGACUGGUUUGCUGACAGUUCUGAAGAGCGCAGAUAUGGCUAA